CAACCCCAGCUCAGAACGCCACCCUGGAUGCCCUCAACUGCCUCUCUUCUUUACUGGUCCUGCCCCUGCGUGGGACUCAGGGGGCGGAACCAGGCCUAAGAGCCUGGCGAUGGCUAUGGCUACCAUAGUGUAUGACACAUCUGAUGCGGUGGAGCUCUGCCCCUCCUAUGGCCUGUACCUGAAACCCAUCACAAAAAUGACCAUCAGCGUGGCUCUCCCGCAGCUGCAGCACCCUGGGAAGUCUAUCUCCAACUGGGAGGUGAUGGAGCGGCUCAAAGACAUGGUGCACAACCACCAGUUCUCCACGCUGCGCAUCUCCAAGAGCACCCUGGACUUCAUCCGUUUCGAGGGGGAGGUAGAGAACAAGAGCCUGGUCAAGUCAUUCCUAGCCUGCCUGGACGGCAAGACCAUCAAGCUCAGUGGCUUCUCCAACAUCUUGAAGGUGCAUGCCACUGAAUUCAAGAUGGACUUCCCCACCCAGGACUUCUUUGUCAAUACAAAGGAAAGGAAUGAGAUGCUGCCAGGGGAAUGGCCAGACACCAUCCACUUAGAGGGGCUGCCUUGCAAGUGGUUUGCUCAGAAGGAAUCAGGCUCGGAGAAGCCCAGCCAGGAGGUACUCGUCAAGGUGUUUGAGAAGUUUGGAGAGAUCAGGAAUGUGGACAUCCCCAUGCUGGACCCCUAUCGAGAGGAGAUGACCAGUCGAACUUUCCACAUGUUUGGUUUCGGGGGACACUUAACCUUUGAGGCCUACAUACAGUAUUGCAAGUAUGGGGGUUUCCUCCAGGCCAUGAAAGCCUUGCAUGGGAUGAAGUUAAUGUACAAAGGGAAAGAUGGCAAGGCUGUGGCCUGUAACAUCAAAGUUUCUUUUGAUUCCACCAAACACCUGGGAGAGGCUUCAAUUAAAAAACGGCAACUGGAGAAACAGAAGCUUCAAGAGCUGGAGCAGCAGCGUGAACAGAAGCGCAAACAGAAGGAAGCGGAAGCAAGGCUGUGGGUGAAGGAAAGGAAAGAGAAGGAGCAGGAAGAACUGGCGAGAGAGAGGAAGAGGGAAGAGAAAGUUCAUAGAAGACCACAAAAGCAGAGAGCUCGAGAGAUCUGGCGAAGUCAGAAGCAGCUGGAGAAGCUUCAGGCAGAAGAGCAGAAAAAGCUCCAGAAGAUCAAGCUGGAGGAGAGGAAGCUGCUGCUGGUACAAAGGAACCUCCAGUCUAUCCGGCUUUUGGUGGAGCUGCUGAGCAGAGCCAAGGCUGCAAAGCUGGAGAAACAGGAGCAGCAGGCGCUGAGGCUGGUGGCGGAGGAGGAACACCACAUGCAGGUGCAGCAGCUGAGCAUCCUAUUGUGCGAGAAGCCCCAAGACAUGGACCAGUGCAAAGACCUGCAGCAGCCCAAGCGAGAUUUCCUGCAGCCUGCAUUUUCUGGCAGCCAGAUUACCUGUGCAGCCAUACUCCACCCCCUCCAGAGCCCAAUGGUCCCCAGAACCCCCAAGGAGGCCCUGUGCCACAUGGAGACAGACUGCACGCCCAGGAACUUGAUAGGCAGCAAAUUAAACAAAGCUGGGUACAAGGAGGCUCAGACUUCACUCUGUGUGGGCGCGGAGAGUGACUCUCUGGAGAAGAGGUGCCCAGAGGUCCUUCCCAGAAUCCCCAAGGACAACCAGCAGGCCAAGAGCGUCCCCACUUGUGGCCACAGCGUGCCUAAGGAGGGCAGGUUGAAGCAGAUCAAGAGUAACUGGGAGCCCAGCAAAGGCCACAUGCAGGCCACACACAACGGGAGAGCUGAGGAGCAGAACCUACCAAAUACUAGCUGGGCCAGAACCAGCUGUAAGGGCUCAAGGCUGCAGAGCAAGGUGCAGCAGCAGCGCCAGAAGCUCUCCCAUCGGGACCUGAGGAAGUCCCACAGCAAAGACAGGGUCAGCCGCAGGGAAAGAAGCAGAGGGCGCAGCUGCCACCGUGAAAACUCCCGGUCCCCAAGAAACCAACACAGAAUCAGGAACAGGUAAUGAAGGCCUGGGCUUCCCCAAGGGUGCUGCCCCGUGUCCUGUGACUCUUGCCUACCUGUAUUAAAGCCCAGUUCUUAUGUGAUCAAUGUCCCAGGAACCCAAACUCAGUUCACAGUAAGACAGGGCACUGAAAACUCAUUCUCAUCAGCCUCGCACACAAGGUCGCUGCUGGCAUCUCAGUUCUAGAUGUGUCACUAGUUUUAAUUUUCCUUGGAAACUACGGAUCAGAUAAAUCUGACCCCUCGUCUUAAGCAGGAAAACCACAAAGACUAACAAUGUUAAGAAUGGCAGAUCAGUCAUGAAGAGUACAGAGCAGAUUUUGCGUGUACCAGGAGAGGCCAGCAAAGUCGUCACGUGUCCUGCAGCUGAAGAGGAAGAAUGUGAGAAGUGAGGGCUUCCACAGACCCACAAGGCCCAAGUGAAGACAGUGCCUUGCGAUGGUGGGCUGGUUCUUUUUUUCUGUCCCUUCUGUAAUUCUUAAAUAACUGGUGGAAUGCCAAAAGAAGAGGCUGACUGUGGCACAUUCAGUCCUGCAAAGAAAGUGGAAACUCAAACGUGCCCUACAUUUGU